CUCCCCAGCUGCGGCCCCCCUGCUACUAUGGCCGCAAAUCAUCCUCCCCAGCCACACCUCCAACCUUCGUUCCGCUGCUCCCCUCGUGCCCUGAUCAUCUCGCGAGGGGAUAGCAUCACCACAAAGGGCAGGCCGGCGUCGCAGUAAAGCUUGUCGCGCGCUCAAGCCUUUGAGUGGUUCGUCGUCUAGGCGUCAAAGUCGCUGCAUCCGAGCCCAUCUGAAACACUCCAGACGUCUCUUCUGGCGGCUUCCCCUGAUCCGCCACCCCUCCUCCAUUUGGUACAAAACACAUGCCGCACCCAAAAACACCACGCCCUUCUCUUAUCGAAUCUUCCACCAAUCUCCCAGACGAUCCCGCUCACUGCUGCAUAUAGCCUGUUCGCCUUGUUGACCACGCUUCCCCCAUCACUCCUCCGUCGCUGCAUUAAGAGAUAGAAUAAACAAUGUUGGCGUUUCAGCCCAUGAAGCGCGCCCGCGAGAACGACUCGGACUCUGAUGACGAGAGGCACAUCAAAAAAACUCGCCCAUGGAACAUCCGGGCACACAGCAAUGGCCGCGCACAUUUCCCAUCGCCCUCAAGUCUGCCCCUACGCCACUCGUUCACUCCGUCUCCUCCAUGUUCCACUCCAGACUUCGAGGAAAUUACUCCAGCACCCUCGGAGGCCAGCGAGGCCAACUCCCCAGCCCCCCCGCAAGAAGACCGCAUCAUCUUUUCGUCCCCACAUGACGGAAUGGACAUGGACCUGGACCUGACAAUGGACGACGACGACUUCGACAUCAUCGGCAGCCAACCGCCAGAUUCCCCGCUCGUCCCCUUCGCCCUGCGGCCCGCAAAACUCAAUCCCCAAAUAAUCGCCGACUCUGCUUCAAACAACACAGGGCGCAUACCGACUCCAAUCUACCCCAACUUCCACACACCCCGCGGUCCAAUGAGCAUAGCAGGAAUGGCCGGCUUCAACUAUCCCAACAGCGGCAUGGCCGGCGGCUUCACCAGCGACAACACCUAUCUCGGCGUCCCACCAGUCCCGAUCCAGCAACCCCCAGCCUCGCGAAAGAACUCCAGAGAUCACGACCAAGACCGCAGCCGCCGAAUGCCAUCUCCCAUCUCCGAAGACGAAGACAUCCCCGAUACGCCCACCGCACUCACGCAAUCCCAGCUCUCGAGAUUGACUGUAACGUCCCACAACCCGCCCUCCGAACACAUGGAUGUAGAGGGGAAUACUGCCCACGGUGGCAAGGACGGGCCACCACCAGGCGUCGUUACAACACCGAGUCGCGGGCGCAAGAGAAGCGGAGCUUUCACUGGGAAAGGGCGGUUUAGCAUGGGGUAUCGUGAGGAUUGCGAGAAGUGCAAAGCCAAGGUUCCCGGGCAUUAUUCGCAUUUCCUGCCAUGACAUUUGCGCUUCUAUAUCAUGGGGCCUCUGCUCUAAGAAAGGGCUUAAGCAAUGCAUGCUCAAUAUUCGCCAUGUUUAGAGAAAAAGGUCCUUUGGCAGGGACACGCGUGGGUUCAACUGGCUCGAUUUUUGGGGCGAGAAUGGUUAUGGGGUCUGGCGUUGUGGUCCACUGGUUUAGCGAUGAUUUCGAUGAAUAGAAGAGGGGUUUAUGAUCAUUCUCAGCACCCACUAGGCCUAUACCUAUGCAGUAUCAUAAAGCAUGUUCCACUAUCUGUUCACCCAUUUGAAUAUUUUGCAACUAAAGAGUCUAUUCCCCUUCCCUCUUCUAGCCCCUACAAUUUCUGCUUUCCUCCU